AUGCCGAGGUUCGUUCAUGCAUUUAAUAAAAUUUAGCGGCCAGUUUUGUCUUGAAUACCGACGCUGACAUACUCUGACAUUCUUCAUAAGAUAAAUUUACACUAAAACUUGUCAAGCUGAUUAUGUCACGACUUAAGUUGAACAGCACUUUCCACAGCAUAAAUUAAAGAUAAUACUUGAGUCGUUAGAUAUAAGACCGCGUUCUUUCUCACACUUAAGAAGCUAUUAAAUUGUUAUAUUAAUUGUGUAUAUAUGCAUGAUGACGCAUUUGUUAAGCAGAUGAAAAGCAUUUAGAGUGGAUAUAGUACGUAGGUUUAGCGUUAGCGGCAUUAAAAGCCCUUCAACACUGGCUUCCCACGCGCUGCCUGGUGAUAUUCAAAUAAUAGGAUUUGGAUCUCACUCCAUACAACUAAUUGUUGAAGCGAAUUUCGUUUUAUGUACUAUUUAAAGCACGCGUAGGAGUGUUUUAUCACAUAUAAAACGCGAGACGCAGCCGAGCGUUUUAUAUGUGAUAAAACACGACUACAAGUGCUUUAAAUGGCUUAAAAAACGACUCAUCUUUAAUAUACGAGUUCAUUGGCGAAGUAAUUUUUAAAAUAAACUUUGUCUAAACCGAGAAAAUCAAAGCUAAAGUUUAUGUAAAUUAACAUGAUUUUUUAUCACAUAUAAAACCACGACACGCUUAUGAUUUUUCUUUGUGUUUUCUCCUGAAUUAUUAAUGAGUUUUUUAAAUUUUAUUUAGCCGUACACCUUACAAGAGGGUCUAGAUGGGAGUCUGAAAAUCAGUAAACGGUAAAACUGUUGGUAUUUUAACGGUAAUAACAUUUUGGUAUUUUAACGGUAAAUCUGUGAAAAGUGUUCUGAAACGAUAAACAGUAUUUUUCCCCUCACGAUUCACGCUAAAUUUUUAGUGUUUUCACGACUGACGGUAAACGAAAUUGAGUAAAUCACGAUCAACACCCUCUUACAAUGGAUGAUGCAUCAACUUAGUAUUUAUACAUGAACUUGUGGUUGGAGCUUGAUAACUGGACUCUGUAGCUCAGUUGGUUAGAGCGCUGUACUGGGAAUCACAGGGUCGACUCCUGUCAGAGAGUCUAUAGUUGUGGUUGGAGCUUGAUAACUGGACUCUGUAGCUCAGUUGGUUAGAGCGCCGCACUGGGAAUCACAGGGUCGACUCCUGUCAGAGAGUCUAUAGUUGUGGUUAGAGCUUGAUAACUGGACUCUGUAGCUCAGUUGGUUAGAGCGCUGCACUGGGAAUCACAGGGUCGACUCCUGUCAGAGAGUCUAUAGUUGUGGUUACAGCUUGAUAACUGGACUCUGUAGCUCAGUUGGUUAGAGCGCUGCACUGGGAAUCACAGGGUUCGACUCCUGCUCGACUCCUGUCAGAGAGUCUAUAGUUGUGGUUGGAGCUUGACGUAGGUUCAAUUCCUACCAGAGGACCUUGUGCUGCAUUUUUCGUAGUUGUUCCUGGUUAGGUCUUAGGUCUGGAUAUAUUCUCACUUGGAUUACAAACCCUAACAUUCUAAUGUAGGAAGAGUAAUUGAAUGCGUAAUUAGUUCAUUGGAUAAUUUCUGCUGAGUGACCUUGCCUUCGCUGGCGGAGGUGUACGUACCAAAAUUUCCCCGUGAUACUGAUAGGACUUUCUGAAAAAUCUCUUUUGUCUAGAACAUCCUUCCACGGAAAUGAGAAUAUAUCAGAUAUGACGUCAUCAACCAUGAACGCUUGUGAAAUCUGUGGUGUGGUUGUGCGCAGGCGAAGACUGCUGACCUUAAUUCACCGUGGCUUCAAGCGGCUAAGCGGAGUACAUAUGGUGAACUGGGUACGACUAGGGUCAGUAUUCAAGUAUUAUUGUGCCGGGUUACGCUAUUGGAAUUUUUUUAUAAAGGCCGUCCGCUGCAGUGUGUGGUAAUAAUUUGGCUUAGUAUAGACAUUGUGUUCUCUUUGAGUAGUGCAUCAUCAGUGUAAUAUGUAAUACCGCAUGUCACCAAAAUAUAAACUGGUGGUGUCGUGGUUACCACGCUUGCCUUUCAAGCUGGGAGACCCCGGGUUCAAUCCUUGCUCGGACCUCUACUCAAGGUCUUAAAAUACUUGAGGAGAAAGUGCUACCUUUACAUUGAUAUCAGUAAAUGGUUAAACAUUCGCAUCUUCUCGGAUAAGGACGUUAAAUCGUAAAUACCUCGGAUCCCCUAUCAAUUGGGCAAUAGCCAUUCUCGUACCCAGACCCCUUCUUACGCGCGGUGCGACGAGGGGCUCUGGCCAAAUCCAAAACCGGAUACCAUAAAAACAUGAUAAAAGAAUAUAUCCGGCAUUAGAACAAUAACCUUCGUUGUAGCCAAUCAGAUGCCAGUUUGAUAUGGAUUUGGCCAGAGCCCCUCGUCGCACCGCGCGUAAGAAGGGCUCUGGGUACGAGAAUGGCUAUUGCCCAAUUGAUAGGGGAUAAGGCAAUAGCCUGUUGGGAAAUCCGCUCACCAAUGAGUGAGAAACUAAACUCGUUCCCAUACCCUAUAUCAGACCUGGCUCACCAAAUUUCAGAACAAAAAUCAAAAACAUACUUUUCAGACCCAAACUGUGAAAUCUAUUUAUCAAUCAUCCCCUCCUCAUCAGGGCGGCACAUACACCGUGUGCGAAUCAUUAUGUUGUCUCUAGAAUGACAUGUAACGACUCGAGGUUCGUAAUACGAUCAAGGUUCGUAAUACGAUCAAGGUAUUAAGGUAUUUUGCCAAUGCAAACAUGACUUUUAAAGUUUAAUUUUGUAAUCUGUGUAAGUAAACAAAACCUCCUUGUAGGUGUGAAAGUGGUUAUUAAAAGUAUAUAAUAUCAUUUUUUUCCAGAUCAGUUGUAAAGAGCAUUGCACUAAAUCUGAGACAUCUAGCCGGAUAGGAGCCUUGAUUAAUCGGGUAAGUGAAAAUUGUUAAAAAAUUAACUUGAAUUAAAUAUUCUGCCCAGACCUUGCUACGCCAGUAUUUAGAAGCCAAGUCACAAGUUUCCUUUCAUGCUGGGCAAAUAUCACGAUUUUAUUGGCAUCUCAAAUGUUUGAAUAAUAGUCGAAGGGUCAUUGUAUGGGGUCGGUUGUUGGAACGUCGGGUAGUGGUUUUUUCAAGCGUUGUGAAAAUGUUUCAGAAGUGAUAAAACUAUACGAAUAUGGAUUCUACAAUUAAAGGCCCAUACAGACCGGACGCGAUUUGGCAACGCGAAUUUCUAGUUUUCAAUGGCAUUUAACUUUAAUAUUUUUGAAUGUUUUUGAAAUAGUCGGAACCACUGGAGCAAUUUUAGCUAUUUGGUCUGCAUAUCUUGUAAAAUUUUCAUUCGUUGACGGUUUAUUUGUUUUUGAAAACUGAAAAUUCGCGUCGCGUUGCCGAAUCGCGUCCGGUGUGUGUGUGCCUUAAUUAACAAAGGAAAUUUUUUAUACUAAAGUUUAAUCUGGGAAAUGUGUAUUAGCACUGGUGGUCAAACGCCAAACCUUAUUAUUAAAAGACUCACCAGGCAAGGGACUUGCAUUAAUGUAUUACUGCUAUGUAGAGUCGACAUCUAAGUUCUAAGAAAUCAGACUUGCCAUAUAUCGCGCAUUUGGACGUGGCGCAUUUAAACUUUGGCCACGCAGGCUCGCAUUUAAAGUCACGCCUGUCGACAAAUUUUAAUUCAUUAGUGGAAGGUCACGUUAGGUGGCGAGUCACGUUUUGUGAAACUCCAGCGCAUAUUUUAGCCUAAUUUAACAUUUUCCAGGUCUGCUAAUAUGGGUGUUGAAAACGGUCUGUGGUAUAGGGCCUAUAAUGAGUAGUACAUGCCAAUUCAGAUGGAUAUUGACAGAUUUUUCAAGCUUUCUUAAAUUGGCUAUCGACUGCUAUACACCACAUUUCUAUGGGUUUGAAUAGCAUGAACAGCUGCUAUGUUUGCACUGUUUGAUCUCUAAUCCUCUUGUAAUAAAGAUAGAGAAAAUACACUCGUGGUUCUCUUGACAAUCACUGAUGUAACUAACAAAAGCAUGCACUCGAUGACUACAACAAGCAGCAGACGUUUCAAGCGAAGGCCCUUCGCUUUCUUACCACAAUGCUUUGAAAAAAAUUAUUGUAAAUUUAAUUAUUGCUUUUGUAUAAAUAGUGGUGAAAUAAAUUAUUGAAGUAUGAAGUAAAGUUUGUCCUGAUAUUCCCACAAUUCUUGCGCGCUUAACAAUAGAAUCAUAUAGUUCAUUUGCAUUCAUUUGAAAGUCAAUUUCAGUUUGUUUGUCCGAAGUUUGUGUUAUAAAUUACAAUCUUAAUCUAUGCUGUGUGUGAUUUAAUAUGUAUUUGUUGCGAAUAUAAUUUAGAAAGAUCUCAACUUUCACAUGCGUUUACUCACGUAUGAAAACUGCCUGGAAUGAAGCCAGGGUGACGCAACAACACAAAAUGCGGCACACACUGCCUGAUGUGCGCAACACAAGGUGGUCUAAUUGCAGUACAAGAUAUCGAUGAUAAUAUUAUUCUGUUUUAGGAUAAUCGGAUAAUGGAUGACCACAACGGCAAUGUGAUUGCGAAUAAAACAGCAGCACCAUUGCAAGAUCCCAGCUCACAAAAAUCACAUCCUAGCUCACAAAAAUCACAUCCUAGCUCAGCAGAUGUUGCUUCGAAGCAAGAUUUGGCAUAUGGAUGGGGAAAGAUUCGACCAAUAUGUCUCAAGUUUUUAAGCUGUCCUGUCUGGUUCAUCGCCGUAUUCAGUGUUUAUGCCUUGCUCCAAGGUUCGUAUUCAUGAAAAUGUUCGAAGAACUGUACGAGAUUUUAUGUCCAAAGCAGCUUGUGCUAACUGCAAGACUUACCAUUAGCAUUUCUUUAGCGCGCAUUUACAUCUUCAUAUGAUCAAAUGCGCUUUACACCAAAUGUUAUACGCUUACCUAACUACAUACUUAGCCUAGACUAUUUUCUAUCUUUACAACAAUUGUGAUGUUAAUUUUCUACAUGUGUUUAUCCUAACCCACUAGAGAUAGUUAUCCCUGCGGGGGGGAAACCGGAGCACCCGGAGAAAUCCCACGACUUUCGGCAGAGCGUUGACUGACUCUUUUCACAUUAGCCUGCGAACAGGCUCUCAAGCUGAAUUGAGAGCCUGCAUCGAUGACUAAUGAAUUUGAAUAUCUGCGUCUCAAAUCAUGACGCGAAAUUCUCAUUGGUCAGAUGCUAUAAUUUAUAUGUUUCCGCUGAGCUCUAUAUAUGUCAACUGCUGAAAAGCACUAUGCAUAAAAAACACUGAUUAACUGAUCAAAUUGGUCUUGGACGUCUUAUCUCAAAGCACGAAAUGUUCUGUUCUGAGAAAACAGUAUUUAAAACAUUUGAACUUUUGCUUGAAUAUCUUAUAUUUCGAAAAACAGUAUAAACUGCACGGUCUAAAUUUAGUUUGCACGGUCUAAAUUUAGUUUGCACGAAAGUUGUAAACAACACCAUAUAAGGAUAGACAUUCCAUAUUUGGAAAAACGAACGUUACGGGGCAGAUAUUCAAAUUUAUUAGUCAUCGAUGCAGGCUCUCAAUUCAGCUUGAGAGCCUGUUCGCAGGCUAUUUUCACAUCUACUUCUUCCGUCCAGUUGUGAGAAUAUGACAUGUGAACAGCAGGGGUGUUUUGAGAUAUCGGCCGGCAUAUCGGCCGCGGUCCUACGAUUCCGGUGCAGCGCUCUAAUUCCGGUGCAGCGCUCUAACCAACUGAACUACUGUACAGGCAGUUGUCCAGCUCAAACCACAAUUUCGUUUAAACUUGUGGUUAGUGCUGGACAACUAUCUCUCUGAGGUACUCAUCCGUGCAAAUCUAGAUUGAAAUACUUGGACAAUGUUGUUUAGGUAUAGCAUCCUGGGGUUUGCCAAGUCUUGUCUUGCCGAGUAUUGAGCGAAGAUUUGGUUUCUCAACUAAAGAACUUGGAGUGAUUGCUGCGUCAAAUGACGUCGCAGCGUUGAUACUUGUUGUGUUUAUCAGUUACUAUGGUGACUAUAGCAACAAGAUGAAGUGGAUUGCCGGAGGGGCUACAAUAACUGGUAAGUCGAUUAAAUAAAUAUUCCAGCACAUCUCUCGCUCCAUCUCCCUGACUACACGCGUAAAAACGCUCAGGUUGACGCAAUACUGAUGAAAACAGGAUUGAACAAUGUUUUGCUGCCCACAUUGUUCAUAGCUGUCAACAAAAUAUUGAACAAUAUUGUUACACCCGAAGUGUGAACAACGUGGGCAGCAAAACAUUGUUCAGUCCUGUUGAGCAGCGGGCUCGGCGUUUUUGCCGUGUAGUGAAUAAAUAUUGCAUAAUAAAUAAAUAUUCACGCCCAAAGUUAUUGGGCGUGAAUUUGUAAUGACAUGGACGAGUUGAGGUUUUUGUUUGUAUUGAUAGGUAUCGGUAUUAUUGUCUUCGCCUUACCUCACUUUAUGAUUGGUCGAUAUCAUCCGGGUAAUAAACAUUCUGACGCUCUUUGUAACCAUGGGAAUGGAACUCAAUGUGCUGAGAUGAAUAGUGGAGGAGACUGGUAUUACUUGACGAUCUUUAUUCUUGGCAUGUUAAUCAUGGGCGCUGGAAGUGCUCCUUGCUUCUCGUUGUUCAGUGCAUACUUGGAUGAGAAUGUCGAGCCGAAAUCUUUCCCACUGUACUUGGGUGUUUUCACCAUCAUCCAGUUUAUAGCACCUGGUAUCGGAUUCAUCAUCGGAGGAAAGUUUUUGAGCAUUUACGUCGAUAUAAAUCAGGUAGAAGUAUUACGUAUUACCUACUUAACCUUAUAAUAGUUUUGUUUGUGGAAACACCACGUAAAUUUAUUACUGCCGAAAGCCCACAAACAAAACUAUUAUAUGUUUUAUCGCCAUGCAAACAUACAAAGAACUUACUACUUAACCUUGUUUUCAUUAGGCGGAAUUUUGCGCGCGGAAAUUUUCUUUGUCUUUUCUGAUUAGUUCCACCCGAGAAAUCACAACACAAAGAAAACGUCCGCUCCGCGCGGAAAAUUCCGCCUAGUGGAAAACCGGCUUUAGCCUAAACUAAUUAUCUUUACCACACUUGUGAUAUUACUUUCUUAACUUAGGGCGCUUUCCAUUAACACGGCCAGACCGGUCAGAACGAUCAAAUUGUUGAAUGGAACACAAAAAGUUUGGGCUUCGGACCUCUCUGACCAGAACUUUUAGAUAACGUUAGAAUGAGGUCCAUUUUCGCUAGAUAUUUGAGAAACAUAGACCAGAUCUUUCCGUUGACACAGAGAAAAGAACUUGGGUCUGACCGGUCAGGCCAUUAAAUGGAAAGCGCACUAUGUUUAUCCUAACCCAGGUGGAAAGCGGAGCGCCCGGAGAAAACCCACGACUUUCGGUAGAGGGUUGACUGACCCCUUUCGCACGAGUCUGUAGCGAGAAUCAAACCCACGAUCUCAGAGGUGACAGGCGCUUGUCCUGAAGACUGCGCCACUGAAACCGCUGACUCGUAAAUAUUGAAACAACAAUAAUUGUAAUAAUAAUUGUCUUGUGCAAACAUCCGACCUACCUCCCUAAUUUUUAUUUCGAAAAGACAUAGUAAUGUUGAACUGGCCAAAACAUAGUUUAAAACUUUCGCUAAGCUGGAUUACUAGGAGUUAUCUUAGAAUAAACAGACGUGCAGAAAUACAUAAACUAAAACAGCAGGUUAAAUUAUAACCCAGGGUUAGCGCUAAUCCAACUUUGAACAACCGCGGCCGCUGGAGUUCGUGUGGAUUCACGCUUGCGCGAGAUCAUGAGGACCGUUUCAUAUCCUGUCUCGUAUAAACACGCGUGCUCGUCUUUUUUCAGCCUGAUGGUUUCAAUUUAACUCCUCAAGAUCCUCGCUGGAUUGGAGCCUGGUGGUUGGGAUUUCUGAUCUUUGGAAUUCUUAUCGUUCUCUUUUCAUUUAUCAUGCUUGGCUUCCCCAGUGCAAUGCCUGGCGCCAGACAAAGGCGCUUGAGACAUAUCCGUGAAGGGAAUAUUAAACCAAGCAAUGAUGUUCAACCAUGUCUGAGAAAAUUUCCAUCUGAAUUGAAAGAACUGCUAAAAAAUUGGACGUUUUUAUUCAACACAUUGGGACUAACAUGCUUUCUCUUUUAUUUUGGAUCAGUGGGAGUCUUUUUCUCCAAACUUUUGCGAGUGAAGUUUGGUCUGGAUGCUGUGAAGGCCGGAUAUUUCUUUGCAAUCAUAAAUAUUUCGGGCGCAGUUGGUAAGUAGUCAAUAUUGAUCAUUUUGGUACACUAACAUGCCUUUUAUAUUUUCGUAUCAUUUGGAGCUGUCUGUGCCAUGCAGUGCAGGCAGUGCCAGUAAUAACAAGCUUUCGUUGACAGGGCCUUCGCUCGAAACAUCGAAAUUCUCCUUAUAUUUUUUCAGGUAGUUCAUCCCUAUCAACGAAAGCUUGUUAUGAUUUGGAGCUCUAUCGAAAUAAACGAGGGGAAAUUUGACGGCUAUUUGAUGCCGUGGAUGCAUGUUUUCAUUCUAUUCAUUUCAAACUAUUGUCUUCGCAUGAUUAUACCUAUAUACGGCCAUCCAUGAAUCCGAUGUAUGUCAUAUUUUGUUUCGAGUUCGGACCCUCACCCCACACCCUGACAGGGUCCCCACACCCUGACAGGAUCCCCACACCCUGACAGGGUCCCCACACCCACAUUCAACAUCGCCAUUUAUUCAAGAUGCCGAUUUCAUGACGUAGCCAAUGUAGUAAUCUUUCUAGUGAAUCAAAACAUGUCACGUGUUUUCGGGCGAGCGGGAAGAUCCAGGGUUUUGGUAAUAAUAAGAUUUUCACGUUCAACUAAAUAAAAUUUCACUUUUGCUGGUAUAUGUGUUUUGUUUUAGUUGGAAAUAUCGCUGGGUCAAUAAUUGUUCGAAUGUUUUCAUUAAAAACGGCGUGUAAGAAGGCCGCAGCAGCGUGUGCAAUUGUGAGCCUGCUGACGACUGGAGGCCCGUUAAUAUUCUUGAUUCCAUCCUGCAUCAAUACCAAUUUGGCUGGUGUGGCUAUAGACUACAGCAAGUAAGUGACUUCACUCUGACGGAUCUUUAACAAUAGGCUGCGGAUUGUGGGGAUACAACUACCUGAAAAAUACAAGGAUAAAUUGGUGAUGCAGGAAGUUGUAUCUCUGUCAAUCCCUUAUUAUUGCCACUAUCUAUAGCAAAGACCGUUUAAGGUUAUUUAGAAUACUCAUUAAUAAUUCAUGAUGAAAAUUCAAAAGAAAUCAAUGUUUAAUGAAUGUUUGUAAAUCGGAUAAAGAUUUGUCCUGAUUUACAUAAACUUCAGCUUUGAUUUUCUCGACUUAGACAAUGUUUAUUUUUAAAAUUACUUUGCCAAUGAACUCAUAAGAUGGGUCGUUUUCUUAAGUGUGUUAAAACAUUCGUAUCCGAUCUCUAUCUCAUGUUUUAACUAGUACUUUACCGAAUUUAAUUGCCUCAUUGUUUUAGCCCGUACAUGAAUGGCACAGCCGGACUACUGACGUCUCGAUGUAAUGUGAACUGUGGUUGUUCCCUGACGUCUUUCUCUCCCGUGUGUGGGUCAGAUAAUGUGACAUAUUUUGAUGCCUGUCAUGCCGGGUGUAACAUUCAUCUUGAUGACAAAGUAAGGAAAAUGGAAUGUAAAACUAUCAAAACUUUGAAGAUUAAAAUCCAAAUGAUCUAAUAAUCGCAAGUUAAGGACAAAUUGAGUUUUGGUUCAAUACACUGUUUAUGACACCCUUGACCUCGUUUCCUUGCGGUUAUUUCCUGAUGUUUCGUGCACAAUAGAUUUAAGGAUAGGCUUGUGGGUGAGCUCAAGAUCACAGAGAAACACAAGUUAAUAUAUAAUUCACUUCAUUUGCUGUUCAAGGUAUGAGUGCCCUUUACGUAUUUUGUCACGUAAACCAUCUCGAAUAGUAGUUUUUUAAAGUAAGAUAUUCACUAUAGAAUUGGACGGAUUUAAAAUAUUGAAUCUUCUAUGAUCUCCUGGAAGAAUAUAGAAAAUUCUUUGAAAUGAUAAAUUUUUGUUUCAGGCAUUUUCCAACUGUUCGUGCAUAGCGGAUGAAAGUGGUUCAGCCAAGCCAGGUUAUUGUGAUCGCCAAUGCAAGAACCUUGUGAUGUUCACAGUGAUCGCUGUCUUAUCAAGCAUAAUUCGCACUGCCGGCUCUAGUGUGCCGACAAGAACAGUUUUGUUAAGGUGAGAUUGUUGUGCAACUGUUGCUUCACGGUUGUGUUGUUGCAGCAGACGUGUUAGUGAGCUUAUAAGCAAGCGACGUUUUUCUCACCACAGAUUACCGAUGGAGCACUGGAUUAAACACUGUGUUUGUGUCAGUUUCUGGCAAUCUUCAACAUAUAUGACAAAACAAAAGAUUUUUAAAGUUUUUUGCUUCCUUGCACGAGCUAUAUCAUGCAAAAUAACGUCCGUGUUGACAAAACGACGCUUAGUUUAGCGUUCCUGCAGACAUUUGAACUGAUCACAUGUAAUAAUAGAUUAUUCUUUGGUAAAAACCAACCUAAAAUAACCAUGUUUUGGGGUAGGCCUACUCCUACACAAUCACCAGUGUUUGUUCUUUAGAAAAUUUAUUCUUGAAUUAAGCUGUUAGAGUAGGCGAGAAUCAGUAAGGCCAAAAAAAAAUGUGGGUUUCCGGUUUCCCGACCCUACCUAACUUUUAGACGUCGAAAUCCCGACCCUAAACUUUUUUAUUGGAUCAUGCUUGUAAGUGUUUCGACUUAGAGGAAAAACUUUGUGGAAAAUUGAAAUUUGAGGCAAUAUUAGGGAAAUUUAUCUUUGGAUGUGGAAGCACUGACUAAACAAAAUGGCGUCAGGUUGUUCGGAAAAUUAAAAAAAAAAUUAAAAAAAAAAAGUUAAAACCGACCUACCCUACCUAAGUUUUUAUAAGAGGAAACCGGAAGCCCACAUAUUUUUUUUUGGCCUAACUCGGGCAAGGGUGAAUAGUUUUAUUUUUUGUCAAGGUGUGUCCCCGACAACAAACGUGCAUUUGCUUCGGGAGUUUGGUUUGUAACAUUUAAAACAUUUGGUCUGUUACCUUCACCUGUCGUAUUUGGUCACAUCGUGGAUAAAUCAUGUAGACUAUGGCAAAAUAUCUGUGGCAGGCGAGGAAGAUGCUUUGAUUAUGAUGUCACUUCCCUGAGUCGAAAUAUUGCUUAUUACGGUCUUGCUUGGUCAGGUUAGUGUGCUUGUCUACCCUUGUUUCACAUUACCGAUCAUUGAGCCUGAUUAUUUCAACACCAAAUAAUCGGCUAAUUAUAAUGAACGAAGGGUUUAAUAUACCAAAGAACAAAAUUAAAGAUUAAAAAAUUAUUUUGUUCAAAAAAUGUCCUUCGGUGGUACCAUGGAUAAUAAAAUAAAUGGUAGGAAACUAGCUGACGUGACCUAAUGUUUUCAAUGUUUCUAAACAUUUUAGUCAAAGAGCAAAUGAAUAUAACUACGCCAUUCUACGAUGAAAUCUCUAAGUAUUCCCAGUCAAUUUUAGCAAAUAUUUCAAGCACUAAACAGUGAAAAAGGCAUCCCAAAUUUCGUUAAAAUUGGGGACGCCAAUUUCGUAGCUACAAAUGUAAAAAAAUACAAAACAAAUACGAAAAACAUUUACCUUGAAUACUUUGUCGUGGCUUAUAGGCAUGUUUUUAAAACAAUUAGACCGAUUUAUGCUUCAAUAUUGCUCUUUUAAGGCGGAAAAUAUAGCGAAACAACAAAAAUGCAGAGAACUUUGCAAUACGCGUGACGUCACAGAUUGCAACUAGGUUGUUUUUGCUUACGUCAGCGAGAGUCCUAUCCAUUUAUUUUAUUAUCCAUGGUGGUACCAUAUUGAUAAGCAACUAAGAUUUGAAACUGCUUCAUAGCCUAAUAUAUGCAGUUCGCAAAUUCAAACCACUUAAACGAAGGCCGACUAUUAAAAAAGUUCGUAAUUUUAAACACUUUUCUGAAACUGAAUUUAUAUCCGACCUAACCAAUAUUCCUUGGCAAACUGUUUUCACAACAAGUGAUCCAAACUUGAGUUGGAAUAAGUGGAAGGAACUUUUUAUCGGAACACUAGAUAAACAUGCUCCUGUUAGACAUAUAAGAUCAGGGAAACACACCACUCCGUGGAUGACAGCGGAAAUAAGGUCAGCUAUGAGAAGAAGAGACUACCAUAAGAAAAAGGCCAUAAAAUUGAAAUCUGAUUCACAUUGGCAUAAUUAUAAGAGUCUGCGUAAUAAAGUUAAUGAACUAAUCCGUGUGACAAAAUCUACUUUCUAUAUCAACAAAAUAUCUGAAUGUGCAGAAACUAAGGAUUUAAAAAAAUGCUGGUCUACAAUAAAUUCCCUGCUAGGGAAACAAAAUAAAUCCAAUUAUAUUAGUGAGCUCAAAGUUGGUGAAAAUGUCAUCACAGACCCUAAUCUCAUUGCGGAGCAUUUUAAUACACACUUCAUCAACAUUGGAGUGUACCCUGAUAAAAAUGAUACGCCAAACGAAUGUGGAGAAAAUCUUUAUUUCUCUGACACAAACAUCCAUUCCCAAACUAAUAAUAAAUUUAAUUUUUCUCUCAUUAAGGUUGAUAGUGUCCUCUGUAAUUUGAAACACCUUAAAGCAAAUAAAUCCACUGGCCUAGAUGCCAUCCCAGCGAAAAUACUAAAACUAGCUGCCCAUAUUAUUGCCCCUUCCUUAACGUAUAUUUUUAAUUUAUCUCUUCAAAGCGGUAUUUAUGUUAACGAUUGGAAACGAGCUCGAGUAAUUCCUAUCUUCAAAUCUGAAGAUAAAAGUAAAUGUGAAAAUUAUAGACCCAUUUCUAUUUUGUCAAUUGUAAGUAAAGUCUUUGAAAAAGAAGUGUUUAGGCAAGUGUAUACGUACGUGAAUGAAAGUAAUCUUCUCUCAAAGUAUCAAUCUGGCUUUCGGCCACAACACUCAACCUUAUCAGCCCUCAUUAAAAUAUGUGACGAAAUCUUAAAUAACAUGGACGAGGGGAAAAUAAACUGUAUAGUAUUUUUAGACAUACGGAAAGCUUUUGAUUCAAUAAAUCACAAUAUUUUAUUAAGUAAAAUAAGAUCCAACUUUGGCAUUAGCGGUAAUGAAUUACUCUGGUUUGAAUCAUACCUAACGAAUAGGGAACAACAAUGCGUAGCUAAUGGGAUACUAUCCUCCGUUGGAAAAUUAAAAUGUGGGGUCCCCCAGGGGUCGAUCCUGGGGCCGUUGUUAUUUUUGCUCUACAUCAAUGACCUACCACAAUGUCUCCAAAAAACCACGCCGGGUCUUUAUGCUGAUGACACGGAAAUUUACGCGUCAUCACACAAUGUAAAUGAUCUUAUUGACAACAUAAAUUAUGACCUAAAUAUUGUUACGCAAUGGAUGGAGAAUAAUAAGCUACAAAUUCAUCCUAAGAAAUCUAAAUGUAUGUUUAUUGCAUCCCCUUAUAAAAUUAAGAAUAUACCUCAAGGAAUACCAAUAUUAAUUAAUAAUGUUCCUGUCCCAAGAUUAAAUUGCUACAAAUGCCUCGGUGUCACUUUAGACGAAAAAUUGAACUGGGAACAUCAUAUUGAUAUGAUUAUUAAGAAAGUCAAUGCAGGCAUUGCAGUAAUUAAACGUAUGAAAACCUGUGUUCCUCAGGAAUUCUUACAAACAGUUUACAACGCCUUAAUACAACCCUAUUUUGACUACUGCUGUCAAUUGUGGGAUACCUGUGGAAUCGUCCUAAAGGAAAAACUACAAAAAUGCCAAUCCCGAGCUGCUAGAGUAAUAACAGGAGCAUCUUAUGAUAUUAGGUCGGCCGAUGUUCUUGCAACUUUGGGGUGGCAAACUCUCGACAAUAGGCGAAAAUACUUGAAAUCCAUUUUUAUUUACAAAAUCUUAAAUAAUGAAACUGCUCCAAACCUGAAAGAAAAUUUUUUGAAAAUAAGUGAUUGUCCAAUUACACACCAAUUAAGAAAUUCUCAAACAGAUCUGGUACUUCCAUUCCCAAAAUCACAAUUUAAGAAAAAGACCUUCAGUUAUAGUGGAGCAACUCUUUGGAAUAACUUAUCAAUUACUGCUAAACAAUCCAAUUCUUUGAGUUGUUUCAAAAGAUUAAUGAAACUACAUUUUUGAAAACCAUAAGUAUGUAAAUAGUUUUGUAUGUUUGUUAUUUAUUUAUGUUUGUUAAUUUGUCAAAAUAAUCAUGUAAAUAGUUUGUAUUAUGUAUAUGUAUUAGUCUUAUUCUUACACGUCCCCUAUGGAAACCAUCAAAAGAUGUUAGGGCUAACGUGUUUAAAUAAAUUUUUAUGUAUAUAUGUAUGUAUGCAACGAGCCAUUAUUGCUGGCUUGCUGCAUGCAAGCAUGUAUCGUCGUUUGAUAUAAACGAAUGCGUUUCAUUCAUGGAUUAUUACUCAUAUACAAUUUGUCUUUGUUUAUAGUGUUAACCACAUUGUGUUUUUUUUUGUCGUGGUAUUUCUGCAAGCCGUGCACGGAAAGUGUUUGUAUUGAAAACCAGGGGGUUGAUCAACCUCAGGAAACGCGUCUUUAA